AUGGCUUCCCCCGAAAAAGAGACCCCGGACAUUGGGGCCGAGUACGAGACCUGGAAGAGGAACUGUCCGUACAUGUACUCGUUUGUUUCCGAAACCACCAUGACGUGGCCGUCUCUGACCUUCGAUUGGUGUGGUUACAGAGAGGAUGAGGCCGCGGGCAUGGGGGUUCACCAGGCGCUGGCGGGCACCUUUUCGCAGGACAAGGAGGAAAAGGAGAAGAUUGUGCUGAUGGAGAGCACGAUUCCGCUCGACUUGGGCGACCUGGGCAAACUCGGACCCAAUGGACGGCCUGCUGAUCUGCGAUUCAAGACAGUCAAGGAGUGGUCCCAUGACGGAGAACCCAACAAGAUCAAGAGCUGUGGGGAUUUGAUGGCAUCUAUCAACGGUGAGGGCACCAUCUUCGUCAGAUCUGUCACCGGCAGCGUCGAUGAGACACCUGUUACUCUAAAGGAGCACACAACCAACGCCUUUGGUCUGGCGUGGUCUGUAGGAAGAGGAGGUGCUGGAGACCCCGAGGCAUUGGUUUCCGGCGGCGAGGAUGGAAAAGUGAUUUUGUGGAACCUGGAGUCCAAGAAAUCGACCUGGAACAUCACCACCUCCUCCGUCAAUGAUGUUGAGUGCCACAAGACCUUCCCCUACAUUAUUGGAGCUGCUCUGGAAGAAGGAUUCAUUGCUCUGUACGACACUCGAGCCCCCGAAACAGCCGGCGGUACACUGACCCGACCGCCCUCGGGUGACAAGCCCACUCCUUACAACUGUCUGGCUUUCUCUCCUCAUUCCGAGUAUCUCUUUGCUGCUGGUUCGUCCGAGUCCACCGUCAACCUCUACGACAUUCGAAAUACCGGCUACCGGCUGCAUUCUCUGUCUGGUCACAAUGGCGCCGUGACAGGCAUCGAGUUUGAUCCUUUCCAUGGACAGUACCUCGCCACUGGAGGACAGGACCGACGAGUGAUCAUCUGGAACAUGAACACCAUUGGCUGUGAGCAGUCGCAGGACGAUGCUGAAGACGCGUCGCCCGAGCUGUUUUUUAUGCAUGGAGGUCACACCGCUCCCGUAUCUGCAUUUGCUUACAACCCCGAGAUGGAGUGGUGUUUGGGAUCGGUGUCGGAAGACAAUAUUGCUCAGAUCUGGGGUGUCAGUGACAAGAUCUACAGCCCCACGGAGCUGGAGGUGAUUGAGGAUACUCUGGAAUAA